AUGGGAGAGAGAGGAGAAGGGGUUCCCCAUGGGAACGCGGCCCCCGUAGACGGCCCAAUGAGUGGACUAGAGUCCCAGAGAGAGAGAGGGGACGUCCACAUCAUUACAGACGUACACACACCCAUAGUCACCGGGAAGAGCCCACUCCCCCUCACCACUAUACCUGGAGCGCCAGCUACACCGCCCAACCCGGACGGAGAGAUAGGGCCCGUACACCUCCCGACCACGGCUGUCCUUGACUGUCCGUGCUGCGUGAAGAAGGGUGUGGUCCGCUUAGAUAAGCAUCUGCAGGACCAACACCAAAAGACCUCCUCCGAUGAGCGUGCUGCCCUCCUGCGAAAGGCAAAGCGCCUCGCCAUCAUCAAGGAGCUGAGGGACCUGAGGCUCUCAGACCCCUCAGUGCCCCUGGUAUCGGAACUGGACCUUGAUCAACCCAACGACAACCCGCUGAUGGAGAUGGAUGAGGCUGAUCCUGAGGCCCUGGUGGGAGGUGAGGGGAUGGAGGAGGAGGAGGAUCAGGCCAUCGCCGGCCCUUCUGUCUCUGGGACUUCAUACCACAUGGACCAGGAGAGACCGGGUCCAUCACCUGUCAACUAUGAGGUCCGCCUCCAGAGGCUGGAGGCCCGUCUUGACAGUCUAGAGCGGUCCCACGCUCUCCUCCAAAAGAAGUGCCGGUCCCUCCAGGUUGCCCCGGCUCCCGUGCCCCCCACCUCUGCACAGAAGGGGGAGCACGUGGACAAGCUUCACAACGCUGACUUCCUGUAUGAAUCCCUCGUGGAGGAUUACAGACAGUUCAGGCUCGGGGCGCGGACCAGGCCCAAGGACGUGGAUAAUGCCAAGCAGUCAGCCAGCCACUCCCUGAGGUUCUGCCGGUACAUGGCCCAGGGAGUGGCGGCUGACUGCCUGACCGGGAGCCUCCGGUUCAUGAACCGACUGGACCACCUGGCCGGGUACCUGGCCCAAAAGGGCUAUAAAAGCACCACGAUAAAAAACAUGAUUACUAAUAUAAUCAUGUUUUUACGCCAUGUGGGCAAGCGCUUCCCGCGCAAGACCCGCCUGAGGCCCGCUGAAGCCACAAACAUUGAAUACGAGCUUCAGCGGAUCCAGCGGGACAUUCAGCGGGAAGUGCUUGUCCACAGGCAGAAGGUCCUGAAGAAGUCAGCCGACCAGCUGAACGCCACCGACAGCAUCACGUUUUUGGCAAGGGCCAAAACAGCCAUUGGCGAAAUUCUCUGCCGAGAGGAUCCCGAUGAAAUCCAUGGCCUGGGGAUGGGGUAUAUUCUGGCUUACCUGGCCAUCGUGACAGGCCACCGGGCGGUGGUCUUCAACAACAUAAUGCCGACUCCUGGAAGUCAGGAACCCGCUUCCAAGUGUUGGUCAGUCAUAUUAUGUACCAUUCAGAAAGUGGACGACCACAAGACGACAAAAACCUUUGGGCAGGCCUCCAUUCUCCUGGAUCGCCAGGAGUAUAACUGGCUCCGCCUCCUGGCCACCGGGGCCUUCUGUCAGGAGGAGUGCAGCGGGGCGGAUGCCAUAUUCCAUAAUAGAUCUGGAGCCCCGAUCAAACAGGGCUCAGAAUUGAUAAACAGGGCGUGGGCAGCGGCUGGACUGAAGGGAUCCAUAACGUUCAAUAAGAUCCGGAGCAGCGUGGCCACACAGGCCAAUGAGCAGCUCACAGAAAAGGAGCGGCGGAGGGUGGCCAGGGCCAUGUGCCAUGACCCUGCCACGGCCUCCAAAUUCUAUGUUGUCCUCCCCAACGGGGAGAGGCAAUACCAGGACAGGCUCCUCAGAAUGAAGGCCCUCUGUCUGGCCUCCAACACCAGGCCAGACAGGCACACCAGGCCAGCCGUGUCCAGCAGCUCAGAGUCAGAGGGACCUGAGCCGGUGUACCAGGACUCGCCCGACUCCUCUGGCUCUGAGCUUGCCAGCCCUGAGCCAGCCCCCUCCAGCCCAGCGGACGACCCCUCCAGUCCUGAGCCAGACCGCUAG